AUGGCAACUGCUGACGUAAUCAUUUUGCAAAGAGUAAGGUUUUUCAAACCUCUAAAUAUCAAUCCAACCUUCUCUUUGUAUCACCGAACGUUGAGACAACCAUCAUCUGGACUUAGUUCGAUUAUUGGUAAUUUUUCAGGAUCAAGGAAAUCACAAGAAAUUGUUAGAGCUACACAGACAACUUUAGAAUUAUGGAAGUUCAACAAAAGUACAAGUGAAGUAUCAAGGCUAGUUGUUCAGAAUGCUUAUUGUAAUAUAAGAGCAAUUGCUUCAUUCAAAGUAGUAAAAUCUACCAAAGAUCUUAUACUUCUUACUUCAGAUAGUGGUACACUAUCCAUCAUUGAAUUCGACUCAGUUAACAACAAAUUCACUGCCGUCAGAAGCGAAACGUUUUACAAGACCGGAGUUCGUCGACUAUCUCCUGGAGAAUAUAUUUCUGUCGAUCCCAAUGGUAGAGCAGCUAUGAUAGGGGCUAUCGAACGUAAUAAGUUGGUAUACACAUUUGCCCGAGAUAACAGCCAUUCCAACGGAUUGGUAGUGAUGUCUCCACUUGAAGCAAAUAGAAACCAUCUUUUAACAUACACCAUGGUUGCUAUGGAUUCUGGUUUUGAAAAUCCUAUAUUUGCUGCAAUCGAAACCGAUUAUAGCGCCCAAGCUCCGAAGAUUGUCAAAUUGCUGAACUAUUAUGAGUUUGAUCUAGGUUUGAAUCAUGUAAUACUCAGUGAAAGUGAAACAAUCAACUCCAAAAGCAAUUACCUUGUUGCUAUUCCAGGUGGGUAUGAUGGUCCAAGUGGAGUGCUAGUAUGUUCCGAAGGUAUGAUACAAUAUAAGUGCCCGUUCAAGCCAACGCACUAUGCUCCGAUUCCAACAAGAGGAAAAGAUACAUCUACUAAAUCGAUAAUCGUCAGUAGUGUAGUACAUAAAAUGAAAAACGCAUUUUUCAUUCUACUCCAGAAUCAAUUCGGAGAUUUAUUCAAGGUCACUUUGGAUUAUACUACGACACAAGAAACGAAAUAUGAUGUUAUAGGGAAUGACGUUGGACCUGGUAUGGUAACAUCCAUAAGAAUCAGGUAUUUUGACACCAUUCCUAUUUGUACCUCCCUACUAAUCCUGAAGAGUGGAUUUUUAUAUGCAGAUUGUGAGCAAGGUGAUCAAUAUAUUUACCAGUUUGAAAAGCUAGGUAAUGGCUCUGAUGAAAAAGAGUGGAAUUCAGAAGAUUAUCCAGACGAGCAAGCGGUUUUGGAAGAAGAGAAUGAAGGUGUUGCUUUUGACUUGAAGCCCUUUGACAAUAUCAGAUUGGUUGAGGCUAACAGUAGCUUAAGCCCAAUGAUGGAUGUCAAACUCAUCAGUGGUGACUUGGUAUCUUCAUUACCAGAAUUAUAUUCCAUAACUGGAUCGGGCCCUAGAUCUGCCAUUAAAGUUCUACACAAGAGUAUUCCACUAUCUGAGAUAGUAACUCAGGAGCUUCCUUCGAAGAUCAUGAAAGCGUUUACGUGUAAAAUUCACAAGAAGGACCAAUAUGAUCGAUUCAUUGUUUUAUCUUUCUUUGAUGGCUCAAUAAUUUUGAGUAUUGGAGAAGAGGUAGAAGAAGCAGAAAAUUCAGGGUUUAUUGAUACCAUUACAACUUUGGAUGCAUGUCAAACUGGAUCAGACUCCAUAGUUCAAAUUCAUGCAACCGGUUUGAAACAGAUAUUCUACUCAGAAGAUGAUGAGCCAGUCAAAUCUAUUGACUGGAACCCACCCCCAGGGAUUGAAGUUUUAUUUUCAUCAUGCACUAAUACGCAAGUUGCACUGGCACUAUCUAAUGGAGACGUCGUAUAUUUUGAAACCUCUCCCACUGGUGAUGCUUUGGUGGAGUUUUCGUUACACAAAGAGUUUAACGCAUCCAUCACCUCAAUCUCGUUGGGAGAUAUACCGAAGGGAAGACUUCGUUCUCCCUUCAUCAUUGUAACGUGUAAAGAUGCGAGUAUCCAUGUUUUAUCAACAGAUCCUAAGGAAACAAUGAAGACCAAAUACACCACAAAACUGUACUCUACUGCCUCCUCUACAGCAAUAACAUCAUUUUCAAGUAACAUAGAAGACUACACAGAUGAAGACGAAGAUUAUGAUGAAAUGAAAGAUAUAUCGUUGAAAAGAAAUAGUCAAAUCAUAAAUUUUGUUCACGUAGGUUUGCAGAAUGGUAUUUACGUGCGUUAUAUUCUCACCGAUGAAGGUGAGCUUAUAAAACCCAAUAUGAAAUAUGUUAUGGCUUCUCCAUUGAUGAUUGAACCUAUUCGAGUGACAAACAAAGUUGGAGAAUCCGUUACUGUUGCUGCAAUCAGAUCUCUCCUGUCAUUUUUGGUAAUACCAGGUUCUAAUGAGGAUAUCAAGUUAAUUCCCCUUCCGAUUGCAGAAAAAUUUGUUGAGAACGAAAAUGAAGAUGAAGACGAAGAAGCAGAAGAAACAACCUAUUCUAAGACAUAUGGAUGUGUUGUGCCUCUUCAUUCGGCAGAUGUCCCUCAAGGUUUAAUACUUGCGCAUGGGGAAAAGUUAACUAUUGCAUCAUUGCCUCUUUUCAAUGCCGUAGAUGAUAAGCAUAAUGGCGACUGCCAAACAUGUGUGAUCAAUAAGCUGAAGAAGCUAGAUAAUAUUGAAAGUAUACCGAUGAGGUAUACCCCAAGAGCCGUUUGUGAUUCGGUAAAUAAUGAAUACAAGAUGAGCUAUAUUGCUUGUUCCGAUUUGGAUAUUAAAUCAAUGUUUAAUAAACCUAAGGAAAGUACUGAGGCAAACAAAGAUGUAGACGAGAUGGUUACGUAUGGCAAUAUUGAAGAUAAUGAUGCCGAGGAAUUUGAAAAAUUACAAAAUUUUGGUUAUUCCAAGAGUACAGAUGGUGAUUGUGCAUCGUGUAUCCAUGUUUUCUCAACUGAAAAUUGUGCAAUCGGGCAAACUAUUGAAUUAUUGGGCAACCAGACAGCUCAUAGACUUGGAGCUGCUACACUUGAACAUGAUCACAAAGUUGGAGACUAUCUCUUAGUGAGUACAAUUAUCAAAUUCAACCCGAUUGGAGAGGGAAAGAAACAUGAGAAAUGUUUUAUUCGUGUUUAUCAUAUUGAGGAAGAUGGUAGUUUGCAAUUUGUGUACAAGCAAGAAUUUCCAAGGCCUAUUUUAGCUAUUCAUGCAUUCCAGGGUCGUGUGGUACUUGGAUUCGGGGACGAAUUGGGUAUCUAUGAGCUUGGAAAACUACAGAUGCUAAGGAAGUCAGGUUUGAGGAUGGAAGAGCAUGGGAUAACAAAUAUAGUUGAUAUCAAGAGUUCUGGGUUCCGACUUUUUGUGAGUGACAUCAGAUCCAGUGUUCAGAUUGUUUUGUAUCAAGCAGAUUCCAACUCACUUGUCCCAGUUGUUGAUGAUUGCAUCAACCGCCACAUAACCAGAGGUUUUGUGCUCGAUCACGAUACCAUUAUCGUUGGAGAUAAAUUUGGCACAGUGACAGUGUUGAGGAAUCCUGUUUCGAACUUGGAAAUUGAGCAGGGCCAUGGUAGGAAAGGAAACAACUUGAAGGACAACAUCAAGUUUGACAUGUUGAUGAGUUUCUACGUUGGAGAUGUUAUUGUGGGUUUAUUCCGUGGACAAAUCGGCGUUGGGGGUGAAGAUGCUGUUGUUUAUGGAGGUAUAAACGGUACAAUUGGUGUAUUUAGUGCUGUGAAAACCAUGAAGGAAGUGAACUUCUUUCGAGAGUUGGAAAAGCUCAUGAGAAACGUGCUGCAGGGGAUGAAGAUCGACGAAUUUGGGCAACAUGAUUCAAUAGACGAGAGCAGGCAAUUGAUGCUUGCCGAGAGGGAUAUUUUGAAAUUCCGGAGCUAUUACGUUCCUAAAAGAGCGUGCAUCGAUGGUGAUGUUGUUGAGGACUACUUCAGCCUUGACGACAAGACCAAGGGUGAGAUUGCCAAGGCACUGGAGAGAACUGUUCCCGAAAUUGAGGCAAAGAUCGUUGAAAUGAUGGGACGAGUUGGAUAUUGA